GUGGCAUAUACCUUUUGGAGCAUAACAACACUGUACUAAAUAAGACAGAUAAUGGACCAAUCCGCCGAUUCAGUUAAAAGAUCGAAUGAUCAACUGUCUAGCAGGCCCAACCUGACCAACAAACGAUUGAAGACGGAAAAUGACGAUUCAAAUGAGUUUACAGAAGAUCUCACUCAACCAACUUCAGAAAUCCCCUCAAGCGACCCCCUAAAUAUCGACUUCAACAAUAUUCCUGACGAAAUUUUGGACUCUGUAAAUGCCUCGAUAGCCACGCCUGAUGUAUUAAGCUUGAGCCGGUCUGCUACUCCUAUCAAUAACACUCUUGACUAUGAUGAUACAAAGAGAAGUAGUUUAUCAAGAAGUGCACUGAAUAUCAAUAACGGGAAGCUUUUGGUUCCUUCAAUCAGUUCAUCUGCCGUGUCUCAGCUCCUGGCCCCGGUGCAACCGCUGAACCUGUCUCAGCAACAACAACAACUUCACACAAAUGACCCUUCUAAAUUGAACGAUGCUUUGGCAGCUGCUGGAGUAGACAUCCAGCGUGAAGAAGAGCUAUUGAUGCAACAACAGUUGAGUAGAGUUCCUCAACAACCACAGUUCAAUCAGCAACGGGUGGCAGUGUCUCAGUUCUUGAACCCAUAUCAUGUAAACACAUAUAUGCAAAAAUCUGCCAGAGAGAACGGUGUGCUUCAAAACUUUCUCCAAGAUCCCGAAGUUCUUGAAAUCAUGUCAGCUUCUUGUGAACGUUGGAUCUCAGAUAUCGUGGCCAAGACCAUAGUGAUGGCUCGACAUCGCCAGAACUCAGCUCCAAUUGGAAAAUCGAAAACAACCAGUGGGAAGUCUGACAUGUAUUCUGAGCUCCGUGGCUUGGCCAAGAAACAUAGGGAGUUGGAAGAACAGAGGGUCGAAAGGAGAAUUGCCUUAGGGUUAGAAAAGUCAGAUGAUAACGGUAAAUAUGAGAAUAAAGCCGGAUCAGAGGAAACGUUACACAGAGCUGCUAAUGCUACUGCUGCUAUGAUGACGCUGAAUCCCGGUAGAAAGAAGUAUUCGUGGAUGACUUCGGGGGCAGGUGGUCCCAAUGGAGGAAGUGCUGGAGUUAGUGAAAAGGAUAGCAAUAGUAAAAGAAGCCAUCUUCUUUCCCUGCGUGGAGAUAAUGGAAUACGACUUAACAACACAAGAAUCACCCAGGCAGUGACAAUGAAAGAUCUUUUAGCCGCCAUAGAGGAUGAGAGAAUGAAUGUCCAAAAUGCCCUUGUUAAAGGCUACUCCAAGCUUAGAGACUAAUGUUGUCAAAUGCCUAAUGCCAAUAUACUUUACAUACUUAAUGCUAUGAUGUGCGUGCGCGGCACAUAACGCGCACCAGAAUCC